GGUUCUCCCGCGCGCCUUCCUUGCAGCCAUGCCCCCUCGCGCCCCCAUCAGAUGCUCCCCGAGAACCCUCCUGGCCCCCAGCUCCACCCCAUUCCGCCCCAAAACCCUCCCCGGCAUCUCGUACCGCCUGAGGAGGCCCUUCGCGUCUACAACGCCCGCCACGCCCUCAUCGCCUUCGGUCCUGCGGCCUGCAACCUCUCCAGAUGAUCCUCCAGUGCCCACAGUGACUGUGAAUGGGGCAGAAUCUGUUGCUACCGAGCUAGAGAACAUCAAAGGGCUGCUGGACAAAGAGCUCGGCGGUGAUCCUAUAUGGGCCGAAAGGGUGCAGAGUGCGUUGGAUGACUUGUCUUUACAGAGAAGAGGCAGACUGGCAGUUAUCGGGGACCAAGCUGCUUCGCCGAGAGAGAUCGUGUCUGCCCUUCUGCAGGACCCAUUAGUCGAUGACGCAGCUACGCGUCGAGCCAUAGUCGACAGACACCAAGACGCCAAUAUCGAAAUAUUCAAUCUCAGCCUUGGAGCGAGACUGCAUCGAGAGCCAGAGUCUUUGGCGGUGUCUUCUUCUUGGCUACAGAACUCGGCGUAUGACAUACUCGAGAUAGACGUGAAUAGACUAGAUCCAGAGUCUACCAUCUCUUCAGUACUCUCAGCGGACGCUGUGGUCCUCUCGAUUGAUCCCAUCCGCCUCACAUCGGUCCCCGAAAUACAGCGUCUUUUGCCCUUUCUUCUCAAUCACGAGCUGGUGGAGUUUGUGGUCAAUGGACCCCUACCGUCAUCCGUAACCCAAGCAUCUGUCGUCACCCAGUUGACUGAGCAGCUGAGGGAAGUUGGUGGGACACAGGCAACGCGCGAUCGGACAACCCCCAGCGUGUCGUUUGUGCAAGCCGACAAGGCUCUGAACGCCCUUGAGUUCCUGGCCAAAGGCUUAGAGCUCACAAGUGCCACCCCUGCAAUGAAAACAACGGCUUUUGAGUCGUUCCAAAAAGACUACCUCCAGUCGCAUAUUGGUCCACUCCAGCAGACCUUGUAUCAAACGCUUCGUGCCAUCCCCAAACCCCAACUGUGUACAGCCCAAAGACUUGCCAAAUUUGCUCUAUCCCACAUUGAGGACGCCAUUCUUCAAGAGCGUGACGUCGUGCGUCAAGCUGCCUUGACGGUAACUGAAUUGCGGCGUACCGCCGAUAGCUAUGCCAUUAGAGCCAGACAUCUGAGCGUGACUACAAAAGGCAUCGACGGAGCAGUCGUCGAAGGGGAAGUCAAAUACGAGAUGGAGAGAAUAAAGUCACAAAUUGAAAGUAGCUUUCAGGACAAUCUGAGCUGGUUGGGUCUUCUCGGUAGACUGAAAGUCGACGACGUCGCCCUCGAGCUAGGCGGGUUUGUUGGCUCUCGCUUCGCCCUGGAUCUGGAGAGACAAAUCGUCUUUGAGACGGGCCAGCUCUCCCAGCUUCAGCAAUCCCUGUCCUCCUCUUCUGACGAGACUCUCCGACAACUCGCUCAUCCCAGUCGCCAAAGGUAUAUCGCCGCAGCUACCAGAGGCAACCCUCUUUCCUCCCCCCUUCUGGCAAAUUAUCUUUCCACACUUUCGCUAUCUAUCCCUACCUUGACUCCAGCCCAUCUACUUUCUCCUAUUCUCACCCGACGCAACCAGCUUAUCUCGCAAUCCAUUCCCCGCCUCCAGAUCUCCGCCCAGCGAUCGCUGCUGACGACCUAUUCAACAACUAUCCUAGGUGUGACUGGUAGCUGGAUUGGGUCCGUCGCGCCCCUAGAGCUAUUCUCGACCAGUACAGCGGGAGGAUUGGGUGUCUUAAGUGUGGUCGCUUCGCUGGCAUUGGGCCAGACGCUGUGGGCCAGGGCUCAAAAGAGGUUUUGGAAGGACUGGGAUAGGAUCACGGGAAUGCUAAAAGGAGAUCUGGAGACGAAAUUUGAUACCACACUCAAAACACAUAUACUUGCCAAGCCCUUGGCGACUGCUGAGGGACUGGAGAGACUCAUUACCAAAAGGCAAGAUAGAUUAGAUGAUCUGCAAAAGAGAGCGACCGAGCUUCGAAGCCGGCAGCCGUGACCGUAUCUUGGUGUAAAUCGAAAACGAGACGCAGCGUCUCAUUAUAUUCAUGUAUCUGGUAAUGCCAUGCGAAGAACACCGUAUGUAUACAUAAGUACAU